ACAGAAAACACGAACGCACUUGGGGCUGAAGCCGCAAUUUUGGAGCAGUAAACCUCAAGGCGUUGACCGCUUUGCCUCGACCAUAUAUGGAUCGGUCGUGCUAAAACAGUGAUGAAUGACAGGGCACGCUGCUGAAUCUGCCAACCAGACAACUUUUUUCCACGGCUGCGCGAACUCGAGGCCGCCGCUGCUUGGUUGUUUGCAUUGGCCACUGGAACCUUUUCGCACAGCAUCUCGAAGUGCUCUAUCUUCGCGUGGCGAACUUAGUUUAAACAGCGGAGACGUUCCACUACCAGUCUCGCUUUUAAAACAGCGGUUUCUCUACGUGUGUCACUAUCGCAAUAUUCCCUUACGGAAAAGCAGCUGUGCCCUCUCUCUCAGCGAUACACGCCAUAUUCCUCAGAAGUUAUCCUCCUUUGGCGUAGGGGUUGCUGAAGGGAGCUCUUUAGGUUUUCUUUAUUUGGGUAAUCCAAAAAGGUCUAAUAGCUCUUUACAGUUUUCCGUCGUUCAAGUGAACGCACGAAAAGCUUGCUCGAUGAUUCCCUAUACCAGCUUUUCAUGCCUCAUAAACGUGGCAUCCACCCCAACGCCGAUGGGAAAGCUCACAGCACUUUCCCACUCCUGCGACGAUAAUUGACGAUUCGAAUGGAGCACAGUGACUACGGCAUUCAACUUCUUCGCGCGACUUUACGGUCCGUACGAGGCAAAUGCGAUUCCAGAUAAUUCAAGAUUUAUUUACAAUUAUUCUCUUGACUAUGAUAGAAGUUCAGAGUCGAGCAUAGAGGGCGAGGUAUAAAGGCACAAAUAUAUAGUACAGCAAAAUCAACGACUGAAUACCGGCUGAUGACCGGCUUUUCGGAUAUUUAACAAUGACCUCCUCCAGUGUCCAUACACAGCUCCUUCAUGUGCACACAAAGGCAAAGAUAUCUAACUGAG